GUUGAUGGAAAGCAACUGUUUGUUCAGGCACAGGCUGUUUUCGGGAAGCUUUUUCAGGCGGAAGCUUGACACCUGGCCAAAAGGAAAAUGGACCGUGUUCCUCAAGUGCUUUAGUGUUUAUGAGCGUAGAAAUUACAAAUACAUGUAGAUAGCAACUCGGCAUUGUUCAGUUUUCUUACUUCUUUGUUGUCAUUCGUAGCUGAUGAGCAGGUCGAAAUGUCGUUUAUGUCUGUGCCCAAACUCCUAAGUCCAGCCGCUGCGGACAGUUUCGUUAUAAACGAUGGAAAAAAGCUUUAUUAUGAUCUAGAGGACCUCCGGCGGUCUUUAGCACUGGAAGAGGAUGAAGGUGCAUUUGAGGAUGAUCGCCACGACGAGGAACACUAUGCGGAGUUUGCCCCACCCGAGCAUCAGUGGUACCAUGGAGUACUUGACCGACCUGGUGCCGAAAGCCGGCUUCAGGGACAAAGGCCUGGUACCUACUUGGUCCGGGAAUCGAAUGGCAAGCCCGGUUCCUACUCACUCUCCUAUCUGGGACGUCACGGGUUCGACCAUUUUCGCAUUAUCUGUGUGUACGGUCAGUACUACAUUGGAGGUCGCCAGUUUGAGUCCCUUGGAGACCUGAUCGGUUACUACACGCACAAAUCCUACAUACUGAUUGAGCAGAAGUUGGAAUAUCCGCUGCCGCCAGAGACGAGGAUAAUAGAAACACAGCAGGAUCCACAUGAAGGCAGACCGUGGUUCUUCUCCGGACUGUCCAAGCAGCAUGCCAUGUCCUAUGUUCAGACACAUGGAAUGGUGGGCAGCUUUCUCAUUCGACCAAGUGAAGCUCAGGGUGACUAUUCCCUCAUGGUGCACAUUGGAGACAGCACUGUGCAGAGAUAUCGGAUUCGCCAGGACUUCAGGUUUUUCAACAUUGGCGGGAAGGCAUACAGAAGUCUUGAUGACAUAAUCGCUCACUACCGGCAAUGCCAGAUUGCAGCUAACGUGUACCUUAUGGACCCUGUAGUGAAGACGGAGGAGUACAUCACAUUGGAGCUGGGUGUUUCAAAGGCUGUGCAACAACCCAACGGCGGUGUCUGCAAGGAGGGAUACCUGACAAAGAAAGUGGGCCACUCAAAGAAGUGGAAGGAGUUCUACUUCUCUCUGAAAGUUUCUGAACGUCAUCUUCUUUUCUUCGAAAGUGACAAGUCAUCUCAUCCUAAAGGUCUCAUUGACUUGAACUUCUGCAACCUGUACAACGUCCACGAGUCUUUACACGGCAGGUCCAACUGCUUUCAGCUGGUGAUCAGGUCGUUUGCGGAGGUCUCCUCAUUCUUUUUAUGUUGCCAGUCACCGGAAGACAAAGAGGAGUGGAUGACUGUGCUAGAGCCGCUGUGUCUCAAUGCGGAGCGCUUCGGCGGCCAGAAGGGCUCUCACAUGGAGAUCUGCAACAUCCGCCUGACCGUUCUCGACACGCAGAAGUUCCCGAAGAACUGCUCGCGGCCGUACUGCCUGAUCUCGCUGAACGACGUUGCCGUGGCGAAGACGUCAUGCCUGGAGGGCAGUGCGCCGCCUAUAGCCUGGGAUGAGGACUUUGUGUUCAGCGGCCUGAACAAGGAGAUCAGCACACUGGCCAUUCUCAUCCUCAACAAGCACAAGCGCGUCAAGGAUUCCGUCGUGGGCAAGGUCAGCGUCGACUUGACGCAGCUGCCCAACCGGACGACGACGGAGGAGUGGUACGAGCUGAAGCCGCACGACAAGGGCAGCAAGAGCAAGGUCAACCUGGGCACGUUGAGACUGCGCGUCAAGUACCAGUGCGACGUCGUGCUGCCUGAGGGGGAGUACCUGCCGCUCAAGGAUCUCCUGGUGGCCAAUGACAUGGAGGCCAUCACGUGUCUGGGUGAAGUCAUCAAGGACCGGCGCAGUCUCAUCGGCUCGCUGAUGAAGAUCUUCAUGGACUGUCCGGCCGGUAUCCGCGUGCUGCUCAGUAACCUGGCCGAGAAAGAGGUCAACUCGCAUGAGGAUCCAGCUACACUAUUCCGCAGUAACUCCGUGGCCAGCACAGCUAUUGAUGAGUACAUGAAGAUGGUUGCCAUGCCUUUCCUGCACGGCACGGUCAAGACAUUUGUCAACGACAUCAUUGCCAGCAAUCCCCACUGUGAGCUUGAUCCGAAUCGCCUUGACAAGGGCGAGGAUAUUGAUCAUAAUCUGCAAAAUCUGACCAAGUUCAUGGGUCAGAUGUUAGACCGGGUCUUUUCCAGCGCUGACACUAUUGACAGGGCGUUGCGAGAGGUCUUCUAUUCACUGCAGAAACUAGUCAAGGAGAGGUACCCCGACCAGGAGGCCGUCAGGACAAGAGUAGUGGCAGGCUUCUUCUUCUUGCGGUUUGUGUGUCUGGCACUGGUCAACCCACGCCUGUUCAAUCUUGUAACAAAUCAGCCGUCUGAGCGUGCAUCAAGAACGCUCACACUGAUCGCCAAAGGCUUGCAGAACCUGGCCAGUUUAGUGGAGUUUGGUGCAAAGGAACCGUACAUGACAGUUGUCAACCCGUUCAUUUCGCGGCAUCGGCAAGGCAUGAUUGACUUUGUAGACAAGAUCUCGCUCGCACCGGAAGACACAGCGGUGUCCCUUAACACCCUGACAAUAACGGGCAACACGCACCGAGAGUUUGCCAAUCUGGUCAGUGUUGCAUACGAGUAUCUGCCGGAGAUGAAGAAGGCUAGCCAGUCCACUAAGCCCAAGGCGCACGUGUUCGCCAAGCUUGUGGAUAUGCUCGAAAAGCUGCAUGUUUCAAGCUAGGAGGGGAGAAGGUUACUGGCACGUGCUGCUCACCUCCGCACAUACACGCACGUACAUGCUACUCGACAUACAUGUACUUGGGCUGCAGGCAGCCAAACACUGAGAAGAUAAGCGACUCUAGACACGGUCCUGUAUUGCCAUCACGUUUUGCAGCGUCGACGGAGAUGAUGAUCACUGUGGCAAACCAAACGUUACUUGUCAAUUUGCUAACCCUGCUGUACUGGUCCAGACCCCCCUCCUGCAUCUGCCCUGCCCCUGCCAAACUACCGCAAGUCCCCAGCUGCCUUGAGAGCUGGUCAUCAUUCAGCUGUCCUAACUAACGACUUGACGAAAACCACUUGACCUUUGAUAAAGCUUGAUGACUACCAUGGUGGUUGCACCUCUUGAGGCUCCCGCUAGACCCUUGAGACUUUUUUUGUUUUGUUUUUGUUGACAUGCUCUGAUUUAUCUACUAUACCUUGUUUUUGUCUGUCGAAUCUUAUUGGUCCUCUAGCUCUGUGUUAUGUGAUUAGGAUGCGGGGGAAUAUGGAUUUAUCACCCUAUAUUUGGGAAUAUGGAUUUAUCACCCUAUGUUUUUUUAACCUCCUCUUUCUUUUCUAGGGAUAUUAUUAUACGUAUCAUUGGCAUCAUUCACGCACACUCUCUGCCAUGCCGCUGCAAGCAUGCUGCUCAUCACACAUACAUGAACGCUGCCACAGACCAGUCACCACUGUAACACCGCAGCAGUCUACAUGCCAGAUGAUGCGCUAUAGGAACAAACUUGCUGCAGCCAACACACACACACACACACACACACACACACACACGUGCUGCAUACUGUGUGCUAACUGCUUUGCCUUCUCUGAGGCUUGCUGCCACUGCUUGUACUCCCAUAAUAAUCCCUGUUCCUGUUUCAGUAGCGACUACGAAGUAGUUAGUAGUAGUAGUAAGCUUAGUUGCACAUGAUCACGUUGUCUGUCUCGUGAAGAUAUGAUAAUGUUCGCUGGAUGCCAACCCUUGCGGAAAGUUCCCGAAAACAG